UCUCGGUCUCUUCCAUUCCAGAGGAUUGUCCGACGAUCUGAAAAUAAACCGUAGGUCCAUGUGGCAGACAAACUCGAAGCGUGCGUUAUCUCAUCUGUCUCCAUGUGCCAGUCAGCCAGCCGUCUAGAACACAAUCAAAUAUGACAGCAACCAAACCAAUAAGCACAAGAUACCUAGAUACUAUGACACUCGUCUAUGACUCAGUCCGUGUGGGUAUUUCUUCAGCUGUCGCCUUGUCUUGCCUCGUCUCUGGCUAGCGACCGUCGGAGGUUUCCGUCACUCCCGCCGGCGCAUCUCCUCAGGGCGCCCAAAACAGCCCGGCUGAGCGACCUCAUCUUCAUUCCAGCCCCCCCUCGCACGGUCUCCACUUAUCAUCUCCUCGCAGCCGUGUUGACUCGGCCCUCGAACUUUUCGGAAGAGUUCUCCAGGCCUUGCCUUGCGUGGCUCUUAAACUUUGCGUCGGACUCGGUAACUCGCGCGAUUGACCGCUCCAUUGCACGCCGAACUGCCUAACACUCGUCCGACCGCCUCCGUUCGACCCGCUCGAGACCGACGACGACGAAUACGACG